AAUUAGGUAAGCUCCAGGGGGAAACGGGCCCUAUUUGGCCAACAAACUGGCGACUCCGCCGGGACUUCUCUCCCUGUAGAGGGCGCUGACCGACGACCGAGGGCGAUUCCGAGGAGUGGCCACCUCGAGCUAUUGGUUCGCUCGGGCCUCGGGGCGUUGUGAUCGGUCGGGGCGGCCGCGUCCUCUCUAAAGAGAAUUCCUAACGACACGGAGGCAAGACGGUGCCAGAAGGAGGGGAAGGUCCAACAGCCGGACGCGGCCACUCCGGGUGAUUUACCCUGGCCCAACCCCGAUAUUGAGGUCUAUGUAGAUGGAUCCAGUUAUGUAGAAGAAGGGAAGCGGUUUACAGGAGCAGCUGUCAUAGUUAAAGAAGGAGAAGUGUAUAAAUUUAAGCUAAGCCCCAACCUAUCUGCCCAGGCGGCGGAACUGGUGGCUCUUAUUGAGGCUCUCCGGAUGGGAACUGGAAAGGUUAUUAACAUAUAUACUGACAGUCGUUAUGCAUACAUGGUGGUACAUGCUCAUGGAACCUUAUGGAAGGAAAGGGGUUUCAUUACGGCCUCAGGUCAGAAGAUAGCCCAUGGGGCUCUUAUUAAGACACUACUUGAAGCCUUGAUGCUUCCCCUCCGGGUUGCAGUAAUACACGUGCGUGCACAUGGGAGGGCCCCUGAGACUGAACAACGGAAAUAUAAUCGAUUAGCUGAUCAGGCUGCCAAAGCAGCAGCACAAGAAGGAGCUAUAUGGCUUCUUUGGGUCCAAGAUACAGAAGCCAAAACCCCUGCUCCCCAUUAUACAGUAGAGGAAGUGUCUUACGCCCAAGCUGCAGGAGCCCAGUUAACUCCCACUGGGUGGUGGAAGUUGCCGGGAGGGGAAAUUUUUGUACCUAGACCAGUGCUUCAGGAGAUUCUCCAAUCACUACAUAAGGAGGGACAUUUGGGCUCAGGAGCCAUGGUUGACCUAAUCACCCGAUCCGUACGGGGAAUAGGUGCACACAUGGAAGCCCAAAGAAUUGUAAAUAAUUGCUCUAUUUGUCAGCGAACAAACCAAAAAGGGUGCGGUCCACCUGCCCCAAUGGGAGGUCGGCCUUGGGCUGCUUAUCCUUUUCAGAGAUGGCAAGUGGAUUUCGCUGAGGUCCCCCUUUGUAGGGGUUAUAAGUACCUGCUUGUCUUUGUUGAUCAAUUUACUGGAUGGGUGGAGUGUUAUCCCACACGGCAUUGUCAGGCACGAGCCGUUACCAAAGCUCUGUUACAUGAAAUUCUUCCCCGCUUCCACCUCCCGGAGGUGAUUGAAUCGGACCAGGGAAGUCAUUUUAUUUCCCAAGUAGUACAGCAAGUGUCACGAGCCCUUGGAAUCCAAUGGAAAUUGCACACGCCCUGGAGACCACAAAGUUCGGGCCAAGUAGAGAGGAUGAAUAGAACUCUUAAAGACACUCUCACAAAGCUAUGUGCAGAGUCUGGGUUGAAGUGGCCUGAUGCUUUACCACUGGCCCUUACUCGCAUUCGGAGGGCCCCGCGCAAGGGUUUAAAACUUUCACCCUUCGAAUUAGUCUUUGGGUUUCCUCCCCGAGUACUUAUCCCGGGAUACCGAGAGGAUACAAACUGGGAAGUAGGGAAGGACUCUUUAUGGAAACAGGUUUCUGCGCUGCAAUCUGUUUUGUUACAGUUACACCGAUACGCAGCACCUUUCCAGACUCUUCCUUUGGAACAACCGGUGCAUUCCUUCCAGAUCGGCGAUCAGGUCCUCGUUAAAAAGUGGAAGCGGGAUCCACUCACGCCACGGUGGGACGGUCCGCACACUGUAUCGCUCAUCAGUCAGGCAGCUGUUAAGGUUCUUGGGAGCGACAAGUGGACGCAUCAUUCCCGAGUAAAGCGGUUCCUGAACCUUGAUUCAGAAGAUAGCCAAGCUGAAGAGGACAUCAGCCCUCUGUUCUCUCCGGCUCCGGAAGCCCGGAGAGACACAGGCGAAGACUCUACCUGGGAAUAUCAAGGAUUGGAAGGACUGAAAGGACUGUUUAAAAGACAAAAAUAAUGAGACCAUCCGUUGUGUUUCUGGUCUGUAUGCUUGCUUAUGCAUAUAAUUGGGAAAAUAGAUUUCUGCAAUUAGGGGAAUUAAUAGCAGAUUCUUUUAACCUUACUAAUUGCUGGGUGUGUGGCGGUCCGGGAGAAUUAAAUGAAUGGCCUUGGGUGGCUCAGCCAGUACAGCCCAAAUGGUGGUUAAGUAGCUUGAGCAUAGUACAUAAGGGAACGGGAAGGUGGACUGAAAACCAGGGUCCCUGGCGACUCUAUUCUGCUGGAAUAGGUGUCUUUUGCCUUAAUCGAACAAGACGUGAAGGGAAAUAUAUGGGGGAAAGCAAAUGUGAAUGGACCCUAUCUUUGGGCUUUGAUUGCUGGGAUCCCCAUUGUCGCCCAUAUGAUUGUUUAAAGUACCAAGGACGGUGGAACCUUACCCAUGUAAAGCUAACUAAUAAUAGCUGGGUGAAGUGUUCCUAUUGGAAUCACAGAGGUGAUGGCUGUAAAGCAGUUGGAUUAGAUGGGUAUUUUGAUGCCCUCUUUCUAAGCUGCCAGCGAGACAAUUCCACCGAUAAAAAUCAUGUGGUACGAUGGUAUCAAUGGGCAUGGCAACACCUUAACGGGACCCGAGUUACCCAUUUUCGACAGUUCUGGGCUAGUACCAAUAACCCAAAAUUUGGCUGUAAUUGUGUUUGGAAGCCAGGAGCAGGAGCAUGGAAAUGCGACUAUUGUAACCCUGAUGUAGACCACUUUCUAGGAGGACCUAUAGAAUCAGGUAACGCUCUCUAUUAUGAAGAGCCGGGCCCCGCCGACUCUCCCGAGACCUGGGAUGGCCCUUUCGCUAAUGGAAUAUGGGCGUUAAAGGGUCACUAUUGGAUCUGUGGUUCUUAUGCCUAUCGCAGAUUGCCUCCAAACUGGUCAGGAAUAUGUUACAUAGGAUAUAUUAGACCUUUAUUCUUUCUUUUACCUCAAGCUCAAGGAAAUAAAUUGGGAAUUAAAGUGUAUGAUGAUUUGGUCAGAGAAAAACGAUCUCUAGACUCCACUUUAACAGCCGGAAGUUCCCAAAAUUGGGGAGCUCAAGAGUGGCCCCCUGAACGAAUUAUUAAACAUUAUGGACCGGCCACCUGGAAUCCCAGUGAACUGGUAACCGGGGCCAGAGAACCUAUUUAUAAUCUCAAUCGAAUUAUUAGGCUCCAAGCUAUUUUAGAAAUAGUAACUAACCAAACAGCCGCAGCAUUAGAUCUCCUGGCCGAUCAAUCAACUCAAAUGAGGCAUGCAAUCCUUCAGCAUCAUAUAGCUCUUGACUAUUUGUUGGCUGAAGAAGGGGGACUCUGUGCAAAAUUAAAUGAAUCUAACUGCUGCUUACAAAUAGAUGAUAAUGGCCAGGCUGUAAAACAGUUAACCAAAGAAAUGAGGAAAAUAACCCAUGUCCCAGUACAGACCUGGAACGGUUGGGACACAGAUUGGUUCACCUCCUGGUUACCACAGUGGGGAUGGUUGCGAAAGGGUUUCCCCCUCCUUAUACUUUCUAUCACUGUUCUAUUAACCAUUCUUUGUUUUGCUCCAUGCUUAAUUGCAACGAUUCGCAAGCUAGUUGGUCAAGUUACAUACCAGCAAAUGAUGAUAAUGUUUAAAACUGAAAAUAUUGAGGCGCAAGGCCCAUAAGCUCUUAAAAUGUUUUUAAGGGGGGAAAUUUGAUGGAAAAGGCCCAAACUUUCACAGGCUCAGGCCUGUAUUUUCUCUGCCUCUCAAGCUCAUAUCAUCUUCUCUUUUCCUGGCUUUAGUUUAAAGAUGGGCCUAGGGAUUUAAAUAACAAACAAAACCUAGAAAUCAAGGACAGGACACGUAUCUAGUCUCACAUUUAACCGUGUCAGCUAUUCACUAAUUAGUCCGCUUGGCACAAAAGUAUAUGCAGCUGUUUUCUCAUGUAUUUUCUCAUGUAUUCUCAAAGAUACUUAAUAUCAAAGGUCAAGGUAUGUACCCUACACUCCCUUCAAAAUGAUGAAUGUAUCCGCAACAGAUGUAUCCUAUAUCCCCCUCCCCAUAAUUAUCCAUGUAUUUUGUAUGACCUGUUAUCUAUAGGUCAGUAUCAUGACGUAUAUUAAAGUUGUUUACUACUGAUUAUAAAAGGGGCUCAUGUCCCCCAUGUAAGGUGUGUUCUUCUCUGGCAUUAGUCGGGAAGAAACACCCGC